UGAACCAAAUGCUCAACCGAGUGUUACGGGACCACGUUCAAUCCUGAAAAACAAGUGCCCAACUCCCCACUCAGACAAGGAGAACGAGGCCCCGCGACCACCUCCAAUUCCAAACAAGAGUCUUUUGCGGUCCACCCCAUCCAUAUCAAGCAUAAAGUCAAAUAAUGAAGAGUUCAAGACGCCACAGGAACCCUCUAAGAAGGGUCCGUUCAGUUCAUUACGCCGCAAGUCACUCGCACAUAUGCAAUCCACAAAUGCACUGGGAACCCAGGCUCAGAAUGGUGCUUCAACACCGGCCAAAGCGAAGCUCGUCAAGCGUCAACCUCGGCCAAAGAGUUGUGUGACCCCAUCAGCAAGUCCCGGGAUCAGUGCUGCAGUUGACAAGCAAUUUGGAUGUCUCGGGAGCUCCUCGGAAUCGAAACGUCAUCACGCAAUGGCUGGACCUCUCAAGUGUGAGAACGUGAGUCCCUAUAAUGAGAUGCCGAAGAAGGAUGAUACCAGUCCAGGAUCUAGUGGUCACGGUCCAGAUGACAACUUGGAUGCACAAUCCAUAGGGAGCAGGAAGAUGGUAGACAUAUUCCUGAAUAGCAGGCGAAGGAGGAUCAAUGGCAGCGAGGAUACAGAUGCCUUUGUUUAAGAAUCGAGUCGUAGGGACUCUAGCUGGGAAUGUGUGGAUGAGCUGGUUUGCUCAAGCGAUGGUGAGAGACCAUCUUUGCCGAAGGGAAGUAACCAUACCAAGUAAUGGCUGAAUGUUCAUAGCUAAUUGGUGUCGAAGAGAGGUGGGACACUGGGCAGACUUAGGAUUAGUCCCAAACGGCUUACUUAUCACUCAUUCAAGUUCUAUGUACUUAACCUUUUACAUUUGUUUCUUGAACAUACACCGACCUGAUAAGUGACUCGUUGCUGUAACC